AUGUUCGGAAUAGAUUGGAUGAGCCUCGUGCUCCCAUUCUCAUACAUUCUCGUCCUGGGCGGGACUUUUAUGACAUUUUCCAACGUCUACAGGAAACGGAAAGCGACACAAAGCGCCAACUUGGCUCCUUGGUUCCCGCCGCACCUGCAACGCAACAUCUACCUGUCGCUGCUCCACUUGGACCCUGAGGAAGGUUCCGAGAAGGCACCCAAGGUGCCCGAGAGCGUCUUGCGCACCGCUCUGCUCCGCCGCGCCGUCGAGGACAUCCACCGCAUCAUCCAGAUCCGCACCGCCAAGGCCGCCUGCAGCUCGCUGCUGGCCCGCGGCAGCGUCGGCGAUGACCUGUGGCAGCGCUUCAGCCGUGCGGAGAAGGAGAUGGAGGAGGAACUGAGGGACGUCGUCAUGGAGGCCAACGCACUCGCUCCCAACUGGGGCCAGACAAUCUUCCAGUCGGCCAACGAAAUCGCCGCCAAUACGAUGCUGCGCAAGCGCCUCGACGACAUCACGGACCAGACUGAGGCCGAAAAGGAAUGGUGGGCCAAGCGCCAGGGCGCCGCCGGCAUCGAGAACCCUCCUGCCUCGUCCCCCACUACCACCACCACCUCGGAGUCCCUACCGGCCACCUCCAAGGAGACCCCCGGCAGCUCGGAAGACGGUAUCCUCGUCGACGACGUCCCCGAGUCCUCCACCGCCGCACCGGCAGCACCCGCUCCCGCUCAGACCCCUUCUGCACCGCCCAGUGAGCCCGGCACGCCUUCCAGCAAGAAGAAGAAGAAGGGAAAGAAAUGA